AAUAAAUCUUACAAUCUUAUCUAAAGUCUAUAGUUUAUAAAUAUUGCUGGUUUAUAGUUUCAAUGACGGUUUUGAUAUCCAGAGAACUAUUCGAGARUAUCUUGAAGUCAAUUCUCGAAAGUCGUUUUCCCGAAAUAGAACAGCUAUCGGCUGAGCAAAGCAACGCUUUGUUUGGUCUGUUAAACCGAGAAGAUGUCUUCGCCGUUUUGCCAACCGGCCAUGGCAAGUCAAUCAUAUUCCAACUACUGUUCGACUUCUGUAAGGAACUUUAUCUCAGAGGGUUUCCUUACCCAAGGAACGCCAUCGUCUUGGUGAUUUGUCCGCUAAAUUCGCUGGUGGAGUCUCAUAUCCGAGAGUUGAAUUCCCGAGGCAUGACAGCAAGCAGUUUAACAGGAGAUAUUGAUGAAUCGAAAAUACUGCGUGGUCAAUAUUCUUAUCUCUUCGCAAGCCCCGAGUCUGUCCUCCAAAAUGAAAAAUGGAGGAAAAUGCUUGAAAGUGAGGUCUAUCAAAGAAAUGUGUUCGCUGUUGUCACCGAUGAAGCGCACGUGGUGCCAAAAUGGUAAGCUCAACUGAUAUGACCCAUCUUCGUGAUGAUAAACUUUGACAAUCGAUUACAUGUAACUGUGACAUUAGUACUUAGGGACCUAAAAUUACGGCUUUCGUAUAUUUAAUCUUGAGAACACAGGGGAGGAUAGUUCUGAUCAUAGAGUAACAGUCACAAAGAAGAAGCAAUGAUUCGAUAAAAGGUUUCUUGGCGUAAACCUUGUAAAAGAUAGAGCUAAAAUAUUCCUACAUGACGUUGUAACCACAGUUCCGAAACAUUUGUGAAUUAUAAAAAUUGAAAAAAGCUUUAGAUCCCAACAAGAAAUCAGCUCAAACUGAAGUGUUUUUAGAUCGGUCACUUGUUGCACAAAUUGUAAAUGUCUGCAUUUAUGCUCAAUCAUUGGUUAUAUUUU